AUGUCGAAUCCUGUACCUACUGACAGGUCUGCUGACGAGUCCGAGUAUGUGGACGAGAAGCAGACCAAUAUUUCACACGGGAACACCGAUGUCGGUGACGCUUCUAAAGAGCAAAACCUGAUGAAACUCGACUCGAAGCAUGUGACUGCCGAAAGUUCACUGGGUGAAGAUGAUCCAUUCAAGAACAUCCCUCCGGCAGAGGCAGAGAUUCUGAGACGACAAGUCGAGGUACCGCUCGUUCAAGUUGGUAUUAAGACCUUGUAUCGCUAUGCGACUACCACCGACUUGGUGAUUAUUGCCAUCUCCGCUCUUUGUGCCAUCGCCGCUGGUGCGGCCCAACCUUUGAUGACUGUUAUUUUCGGUAAUCUUGCUGGUCAAAUCUCUUCGUUCUCCGCUGGAGGUAGUGCUUUGGAAGAUUUCCGCGACAAACUUUCUCACAAUGUGCUUUACUUCGUCUAUUUGGCUAUUGCUAAGUUCUUCACGACUUACAUAUCGACUGUUGGAUUCAUCUACACCGGAGAGAAGAUCAGUGCCCGGAUCAGAGAGGAAUAUCUCGCAGCCUGUUUGCGCCAGAACAUUGGAUUCUACGACAAGCUCGGUGCGGGCGAGAUCACCACUCGUAUCACAGCCGAUACGAACCUUAUCCAAGAUGGUAUCUCUGAAAAGGUCAGCCAGAGUCUCGCUGCGAUUGCAACAUUCAUCACAGCUUUCAUCAUUGCCUUCGUCAAAUACUGGAAACUCGCCCUGAUUCUCUGCUCGAUCAUCGUUGCGAUUGUGGUCGUGCUGGGUGGCUGUGGUAAAUUCAUGGUGAAGUACAACAAGCAAUCACUGGCUGCCUAUGCCCUCGGAGGAACCGUGGCUGAGGAAGUGCUUUCAUCUAUUCGAAAUGCUGUGGCCUUUGGCACACAAGAGAAAUUGGCUUUGCAGUACGAUGCGCACUUGGCCGAAGCUCAAAAAUGGGGCUUCAGACAGAAAUCCGUUCUGAGUUGUAUGAUGGGAUUUGCUAUGUGGGUCGUAUAUCUGAGCUACGGCUUGGCUUUCUGGCAAGGCUCUCGCUUCCUCGUCGAUGGCGAAGUCGGCAUUGGGCCAAUUCUCACUAUCAUUCUCGCUAUGUUGAUUGCAUCUUUCAGUCUGUCCAACGUUGCUCCUAAUGUCCAAGCUUUCACCACUGGACUUGCUGCUGCCGUGAAGGUCUUCGACACCAUUGACCGUGUUUCGCCACUUGAUCCCAAAUCAGAGGCUGGUGACCGGUUGGAGCAUGUUGAAGGAAGCAUUGAGCUCCGCAAUGUUAAGCACAUUUACCCUUCGCGCCCUGAGGUGUGUGUCAUGCAAGAUGUCAGCCUGUCCAUCCCGGCAGGUAAAAAGACCGCUCUGGUCGGUUCCUCUGGAUCAGGAAAGUCAACGAUUGUUGGUCUCAUCGAACGUUUCUACGACCCAGUUGCCGGUACUCUCUUUCUUGACGGCCAUGACAUCUCGACUCUGAAUCUCCACUGGUUGCGGCAACAGAUUUCCCUGGUGAGCCAGGAGCCAACUUUGUUCGGAACCACCAUCUUCGAAAACAUCGCCCAUGGUCUCAUCGGCACAAAAUUCGAGAAUGAGAGUGAGGAACGUCGCAAGGAACGAAUUUUCGAGGCCGCAAAGAUGGCAAACGCCCAUGACUUUGUUAGUGCGCUGCCGGAAGGAUAUGAGACCAACGUCGGUGAGAAGGGAUUUCUGCUUUCUGGAGGACAGAAGCAGCGUAUUGCCAUUGCACGUGCAAUGGUCAGCGACCCCAAGAUCCUUUUGCUUGAUGAAGCCACCUCAGCACUCGACACCAAAUCUGAAGGCGUUGUCCAAGCUGCGCUGGAAGUUGCCGCGGAGGGCAGAACCACAAUCAUUAUUGCCCACAGAUUGUCUACCAUCAGAGAUGCAGACAACAUUGUUGUCAUGUCUGAGGGCCGUAUUGUCGAGCAGGGCACCCACCACGAGCUCAUUGAACAGAAGGGUACUUACUGUAAUCUUGUCGAGGCACAGAGAAUCGGAGGGACGAACGACUCGACACCCCAUGAAGAGGGAUCACUCAAUGACGACGCAUUGACGGAUGACCUCACUGACGAGAAAGACCUUGUGAACAAAGUCGUCUCUCGCAAGCUUACACUCGACCGUACCAAUACGCAAAAAUCCCAGUCUAGUCAGGUUCUGCGGAAUCGCCAGCCGGAAGUUGGGCCGAGAUACUCUAUGUGGACUCUUAUCAAGUUCAUCGCCUCUUACAAUAGCAGCGAAUGGAAAAUUCUGCUGGUUGGACUUUUCUGGGCCGGUAUCUGUGGUUGUGGUAACCCAACUUCGGCUGUCUUAUUCGCGAAGGAGAUUAUUUCUCUGGCAGCUUACGGCGUGUCAGCAACUGGCCCCGAGGUUCGAUCAAACAGUGACUUCUGGAGCUGGAUGUACUUCAUGCUGGCAUUUGUGCAAUUUAUCGCUUUCGUCUGUCAAGGUGUGAUCUUUGCAUGGUGCUCCGAGAAACUCGUGCACCGAGUCAGAGAUGCCGCGUUCAGAAGCAUGCUUCGUCAGGACAUUUGCUUCUUCGACAAGGAUGAAAACACCGCGGGUGCUCUGACUUCUUUCCUCAGCACAGGCACAACGAGCGUUGCUGGCCUCAGUGGCGCUACUCUGGGAUCCAUUCUUACUUGUCUGACCACACUUGUUGCCGCCAUCUCUCUUUCAUGCGCUAUUGGCUGGAAGCUAGGACUUGUGACUACCUCCACUAUCCCAGUCUUGAUAGGAUGUGGAUUCUUCCGAUUCUGGAUUCUGGCUCGAUUCCAGGCCCGCGCUAAGAAGGCCUACGAGUCUUCAGCUAGCUAUGCAUGCGAGGCCACUUCCGCCAUUCGCACCGUCGCCUCGUUGACCAGGGAAGAAGACGUUCUCGUGCACUACCAGGCUGCAUUGGCCGAGCAGGGCAAAAAGAGUCUACGCUCAGUUUUGAAGUCUUCAACCUUGUUUGCCGCGUCCGAAUCUCUCACUUUCCUCUGCAUGGCAUUGGGUUUCUGGUAUGGUGGUACCCUCAUCACCAAUGGUGAAUAUACUAUCCAACAAUUCUUUAUUUGUUUCCCUGCUAUCAUCUUCGGAGCUCAAUCUGCCGGAAGCAUGUUCGCCUUCGCACCAGACAUGGGCAAAGCGCAAGAGUCCGCUCGUGAGCUGAAGACGCUUAUUGACUACAAGCCCUCAAUCGAUACCUGGUCGACCGAAGGAGAGAAGGUGGAGGAGAUUGAAGGCCGCAUUGAAUUCCGUGAUGUUCAUUUUCGUUACCCGACCCGGCCUGAGCAGCCUGUUCUCCGGGGUCUUAACCUUACCGUUGAGCCUGGCCAGUACGUCGCACUGGUUGGCGCUUCAGGAUGUGGAAAGUCCACCACCAUCGCUCUCCUUGAACGUUUCUACGAUCCACUUGUCGGAGGUGUCUUCGCCGAUGGCAAGGAGAUCUCCUCCUUAAAUUUACCCGAAUACCGAUCAUUCGUCGCUCUUGUAUCCCAGGAGCCGACCUUGUAUCAAGGCACCAUUCGUGAGAAUAUUCUCCUGGGUACUACUCGCAAAGACGUCCCCGAUGAGAGUAUUGAACUUGCAUGCCGCGAAGCGAACAUCUACGAUUUCAUCAUGUCCCUGCCGGAAGGCUUCUCCACCAUCGUUGGUAACAAGGGAGCCAUGUUGUCAGGAGGCCAGAAGCAGCGUAUCGCCAUUGCUCGUGCCCUCCUUCGGAACCCAAGAAUUCUGCUUCUAGACGAGGCCACCAGUGCGCUAGACUCUGAGUCUGAGCGGGUCGUGCAGGCUGCACUGGAUAAGGCUGCUAAGGGCCGGACCACGAUUGCCGUUGCUCACCGGUUGUCGACUAUUCAACGUGCUGACGUCAUCUAUGUCUUUGAUCAGGGCCGAGUUGUCGAGGCCGGAACGCAUGGAGAGUUGAUGAAGCUGGGCGGCAAAUACUUCGAAUUGGUGAAUUUGCAGAGCUUAGGGGACGCUCAAUAG